AUGUUCCGCCAGCCAACAGCGCGACUGAGGCAAAUAGUCUCACCUUUGCUCAAGCGUGGCGCUCGAGCACGUACCGGAGGCGAGCAGACAUUCAAAUCCAAACAAUUCCAACAACCCUUUUGGAACUCGGGAAGGGUCCUGCUGUUUUCUGCAGUUACCGGCACAACUACAUACUUCUACGGCGCCAACGAUGAACCUCAUAGGAUUCAAAUGCCAUGGCUCAAGUCUUCAGGGCCCCAAUAUGCGUCCAAAUACGAGAUGGAGAAGGCAAUUGAAGAAUUGAGGACGACGCUCGGAGAAGAUGCAAUUAGUACCGACGAUGAAGAUUUGCACAGACACGGAUACUCAGAAUGGUCUUCCAUCAACAUCGACCAGCUCCCAGUCGCGGUAGCAUACCCAAAGUCCACUGAAGAGUGUGCCUCGAUCGCCAAAGUUUGCUACAAAUACAAGAUACCCAUGAUUCCCUACUCUGGAGGAUCAAGCCUGGAGGCCAACUUCUCGGCUCCAUUCGGUGGCAUGAGCAUCGACUUUUCAUUCAUGGACCAGAUCAUAGCUCUGCAUGAAGAUGAUAUGGAUGUGGUAGUUCAGCCUUCCGUACCCUGGAUGAGUCUCAACGACCAGAUCAAAGACUCGGGUCUAUUUUUCCCAGUUGAUCCUGGCCCAUCGGCUCGAAUUGGAGGCAUGGUGGGUACAAGCUGCAGUGGGACCAACGCGGUGCGAUACGGCACGAUGAAGGAUUGGGUCAUCAAUCUGACCGUAGUCCUUGCAGACGGCACAGUCAUCAAGACAAGACGCAGGCCCAGAAAAUCUUCGGCCGGAUACAAUCUUACCAAUCUCUUCGUUGGCUCCGAAGGAACACUCGGCAUAGUGACUGAGAUCACUUUGAAACUCGCUGUGGUACCACAAGAAACCAGCGUUGCAGUUGUGACCUUUCCAACAAUCCGAGAUGCUGCAGCAGCAGCUUCCAAGGUGUUGCGCGCCGGGAUCCCAGUGGCUGCGAUGGAAAUUAUGGAUGACGUGCAAAUGGGUGUGAUCAACAAAGCCGGAUCAACGACCAAGAAGUGGAAAGAAUUACCAACCAUGUUCUUCAAAUUCUCGGGAACCAAGGCAGGGGUACAGGAGAACAUUGAGCUGGUAAAGUCCAUUUCCAAGAAACACAAAAGUGGAGACUUUGAGUUUGCUGUCAGCGCAGAGGAGCAGAAGACAUUAUGGUCAGCGCGCAAGGAGUCUCUGUGGAGCAUGUUGGCGCUCCGUCGCGAAGGUGACGAGGUGUGGUCAACAGAUGUUGCUGUGCCUAUUUCCAGACUGCCCGACAUUAUCGAAAUCUCCAAGAAGGAAAUGGACGACCUCGGCCUUUUCGCGAGUAUCUUGGGUCAUAUCGGAGACGGCAACUUCCACGAAAGCAUCAUGUACAACAGCAAGGAUCCCAAGGAGAGAGCAGCCGUCGAGAAAUGCGUUCACGAUAUGGUCGACCGUGCGCUUGAGAUGGAGGGCACAUGUACCGGCGAGCACGGCAUCGGCCUGGGGAAGAAAGCAUCAUUGCAGAAGGAGCUUGGUCUCGAGACCAUUAACGUAAUGAGAAGCAUCAAAGGCGCGUUGGAUCCGUACUGGCUCAUGAACCCGGGAAAGAUCAUGGACGCUCAAGCGUAG